AUGUCACUUAUGGGGCAUGUCAAGUAUUGGGCAGACAAGCUGGCCGUUGAGACGGAGCCUGGGCUGACCUCGGCCCAGCUCAUGCUCUACAAUCCUGAUCUGAAACCGGUCGAGAAAGAGCGACGAGUAUGGGGCGGCUGGAACUAUGUCGGUUUCUGGAUCGCUGACAGUGUCAACAUUGGCACAUGGAUGAUCUCCUCGUCCAUGAUUGCCGGUGGCCUGUCCUGGUGGCAGGCUUGGCUCUGUGUCUGGGUGGGCUAUGCCAUUUCUGCCGUCUUUAUUGUCAUCAGCGGCCGAAUUGGUGCCAUCUACCAUCUCAGCUUCCCUGCUCUAAGCCGCGCCUCCUUUGGUGUUUGGGGCAGUUCCUGGCCGGUAUUCAAUCGCGCCGCAAUGUCGUGUGUUUGGUACGGUGUUGUUGCGUACAUCGGUGGCCAAUGUGUAUACGUCAUGAUUCGUUCCAUCUGGAAGUCAUGGGAUGCCACCGAGAUGCCUGGUUCGUUUGGUACCUCGGCGACGAACACCCCCGAGUACGUCUCGUUCAUCAUAUUCUGGUUGCUGUCUCUGCCUGCCCUCUGGUUCCCGGUGCACAAACUUCGCCACUUGUUCACAGCCAAAGCAAUUAUUGCCCCAGCCGGCGCCACUGCUUUCCUCAUCUGGACACUCGUUCGUGCCAAGGGAGCCGGUCCCAUCAUCAAACAGCCCUCCAGCCUUCAAGGCACUGAUCUGGCUUGGGAGAUCAUCAAGGGCAUCAUGUCGUCUAUUGGCAAUUUCGCCACACUCAUUGCCAAUGCAAGUGAUUUUACCCGCUUUGCGCGCAAGCCUGCCCACGCCGCUUGGCCGCAGCUAGUCAUUAUUCCGACUUCAUUCGCCAUUACUUCCCUCUACGGCAUCCUAGUGUCUUCCUCAUCUGCGGUCAUCUACGGAGAAUACGUUUGGAAUCCUGUCCUUCUUCUCGGCAAGUUCAUCGACCACGGCAGCUCUGCAGAUCGAUUCGGCGUCUUCGUGAUUGCCUUUACACUAGCAUUCGCGCAACUGGGUACCAACAUUUCCGCCAAUUCAGUUUCCACGGGUACUAGUCUGGCAGCUCUCAUUCCCCGCUACAUUAGCAUCCGACGCGGUAGCUAUAUUUGUGCCAUUGUUGGUCUUGCUAUGUGCCCGUACAAUUUUGUCGGCUCGUCAAGCAAAUUUACUACUUACCUGUCAGCAUAUAGCGUGUUCCUCAGCUCAAUCACUGGUGUUAUUGUGGCAGACUAUUACUUUGUGCGCAAGGGUUUUAUCUGCGUCAACGACCUAUAUAAUGCACGAAGAACAGGCCCAUACUACUACACCUAUGGUGUCAACUGGCGUGCUUACACUGCAUACAUAUGCGGCAUCCUCAUCAACGUGGUGGGCUUUGCUGGUGAGGUCGGUGCCACGGUGCCCAAGGGCGCAUCGUACAUCUUUCAAAUCAAUUUCUUCACCGGCUUUGCUGUUUCCGUUGGCAUCUACUACGCGCUUUGCAAGUUGUUCCCCGUGCCUGCGACAAGCAAGGUUUGGUUGGAAGUUGGGGUCGAGGAUGAGGACUUUCGACCCCAAUAUCAAGACGAGAAGGUGCCGGACGAAGAAACGGAGAUUCGUGUUUCGGAGCUGGUGUCGAAAAAUUCUAGAUUAACGGCCUGA